UGUUUGUGAACGUGCCUGUUAUUUGAAUUUGUGACUGAUACUUACCAUUUUGAAAACCCAUUCGCUUAGGUACAGGUACAGGAUUCCUGAUUGUCACAGGCAAUUUUUCCUGAAUUGUUUUAGUUCAUGAUAGAAGGAGGUCCAUUCUUCUUUGAUAACACUAAAUCCACGCGUGGAUCAGCUCGCACAGGCAAAUAGAUAUAAUUUAGGUAAGUGGGUAGAUCUGAUUCCCAUUGUGCAUUAAACAAUGGGAAAUAGCCGUCUGAUAUGACUCAACGUCAUAGUUUCUUAUCGGACAAUCAGAUUGAUAUAAGCCUGAAAUGAGAACCAAACUUGGAAAACUACACGAAGUUAUUUGUUUACUCUCUGCAACCAGGAGAAAAACUACAUAUUCACCAGACCAUGGCCGUUUAGUUUAACUGUCAGUUAAUAUUUAACAGAUGACGACAUGCUCUUUUUGUGGCAUCUACAGAUUUUAAUCCCUCUAGCUCGUAAAUUUUCUCGUAAAAUUGGAGCAUUAGAUAUUUUUUAGUUAAGUCGCAUUUUUAUAACAAUAUCGUUCAUGCCUCCGUAGUUCACAUGGCAUCUGUGACUUGGGUGAUAAAAGUUACGGCCCCUUGGGAGUGCCGCGCCUUCUCAAUGAAGGUCCUAUUUCUAUUGACUGAUUCACCUCCAACAAACAAAUCCUCUCGAACUUAUGACAUCACCGGCCGGUGGAGCCGCUUGUUAUGACAUCACACAUGACCUUACUACGCUGCAAUAGUCAGUCAACAGGCCGCGUCUGCCCACUUCGAACGCCGUCGCACCCCGCACCUACAUUAUUGUUGUUUAUGCACGGAUAAAAUAAUAAUGAGUAAACCACAGAGCCUGAAGUCAGGCCGCGGACUGCCCGUGGUGAUACCCUCGGAGCACCGCUUUGUGCUGGCCGAGGAUGCCCUCAGCAAGCUCUUGCUGGAAGACGAUAUACGAGACCGCGCCGUCAUUGUGGUGUCGGUGGCCGGCGCUUUUCGAAAGGGAAAGUCUUUCCUGCUCGACUUCUUUUUGAGAUACCUCGAUCACACCUACAACCAUGGCAUGGGCGGCGACGACUGGAUGGGGUCGGAGGACGAGCCGCUGGAGGGCUUCAGCUGGCGCGGCGGCUCCGAGAGAGACACCUCGGGCCUGCUGCUCUGGUCGCAGCCCUUUAAGGCCACUCUGCCUAAUGGAGAUAAGGUGGUGAUCCUGCUGAUGGACACGCAAGGCACCUUCGACAGCGAAUCGACGGUGCGCGACAACGCAACCAUCUUCGCGCUCUCCACCAUGAUCUCCUCGGUGCAGAUCUACAACUUGUCGCAGAACAUAGAGGAAGAUGACUUGCAGCACUUACAGCUGUUCACAGAGUACGGGCGCCUGGCGCUGCAGAACAGCGUGGGCAAGCCGUUCCAGCACCUGCAAUUCCUGGUGCGAGACUGGAGCUUCCCUUACGAGCACCCGUUCGGCCCUGAAGGCGGUCAACAGCUGCUUGAUAAGUGGCUUGAGAUCCACGAGGGCCAGCACGAGGAGUUACAAACGCUGCGGAAGCACGUGGUGGCGUGCUUCGAGAAGCUGGCGUGCUACCUCAUGCCGCACCCCGGCCUCACCGUCGCCACCAACCCGCACUUCAAGGGGAAACUCUCAGACAUAAGCCCCGAGUUCAAGACGCACCUGCGGCAGUUCAUCCCGAUGCUGCUGUCUCCGGAGCAGCUGGUGCCGAAGACGACGGGCGGGCAGCGCGUGAAGGCGCGCGACCUGCUGCUCUACUUCAAGGCGUAUAUGACCAUCUUCAACGGCUCGGAACUGCCAGAACCAAAGUCCAUUUUGGAGGCGACAGCAGAAGCCAACAACCUGUCCGCGAUAGCCGAAGCUAGAGAAGUGUACGACGCGCUCAUGGACGAGGUGGCUGGUGGUACGAGGCCCUACCUGCAGCCCAAGGUGUUAGAGCAGGAGCACCGGCGCGCCAAGGACAAGGCGCUUCACGCCUUCCACAGCAAACGGAAGAUGGGCGGCCAGGACCUCGCCAACACGUAUAGCGUGCAGUUGGUUAAGGAAUUAGACGAGCUGUUCGAGCAGCUUCGUGCACACAACGAGGGCAAGAAUAUCUUCAAGAUGGCGAUCACGCCCGCUGUGCUGGCUGUUCUCAUGCUGCUGGGAUACCUGCUGGGCGUACUGGGUUCAGGCGUGGGCGUCCAGACCUUGGUAGCCGUGGGGCAGGUCCUCACUAUCACUGCGGGGGCCAUGCUCACGUUAUGGGGAUACACGAUCACGCCCGCUGUGCUGGCUGUUCUCAUGCUGCUGGGAUACCUGCUGGGCGUACUGGGUUCAGGCGUGGGCGUCCAGACCUUGGUAGCCGUGGGGCAGGUCCUCACUAUCACUGCGGGGGCCAUGCUCACGUUAUGGGGAUACAGCAGGUCAGUCGAAUCCUUGAAUGUCUUUGUUUAA